UGGUUAGUAAUCACAUAUAUUUGAUCACCUCGGAUUGUUUGGUGUAGUUCGUGUAUAAACCAAAAAAAUAAAUCAUGGAAAUCAAAAAGAUUUUAGUAAACGGCCGUAAUUAAGGAUGUCAUAAAAAAUUGCAUUCAGACAAAAAGGUAAAAGAAGCCAUUGAAAGAUUUUAAUUGUUAAAGGACAUAAAUACUAUAGGCGUAUAAGUUUCGCAUGCUAUGUAAUGAUGUUCUACAAAGCUGCAAGUUAAUUUACCAAAGCAAAUGCAUUAUAGUAGACCAUUAACUUCGAGGAAAAAACAUAUUCUGUUGUCUAAAAAUGAUACCCAAACAGUAUUUAUUUUAUUCUUUGGGCGGAUUUGUAAUAUUUUUUAUGUUCAUAAUGUGGACUACUUCGGACUAUCGGAACCAAGCUAUAUCAUUAAAAACAUCAUUAUAUUUCAAACCAGUCUAUAAUGAAAUUUUAAACAACAAUUUUGAACUUGCAAAUAAAAAUACAGGAAUUGUAAACAACGAUACAGAAAUUUUAAAUAAUACAGAGGGAAUCACUACACCUAAAGAAGAUCCCAUGAAGUAUAUACUCAUCUGGACGCUUCCACGUAGAGAUCCACUCAUGUACUUGGGCGAAGGUCAAGGUGUAUUUAUCAGGAAGAAAUGUCCAGUAAACAAUUGUUACGUGACGACAAACCAUUCUUUCAAAAAGUUAACCGAUUUCGAUGUUUUACUGUUUAAUCUAAAGGAAUUAAAUGAUAAUUUGAAGCCGAACUUGCCGCCUGAACGUUCUCCGCACCAAAUAUACGUGUUUGAAAGCAUUGAAUCUUCUGACUACUAUCCGCUUUGUGCUGGUUGGUUUGACAAUUAUUUUAAUUUAACAUGGACGUACAAACUAGAUUCCGAUAUAUAUUACGGGUACAUGAUUAUUAGGAAUAAACAAGGCGAAAUCAUUGGACCGAAUGCAGUUAUGCAUUGGGAGAAAUUAGAAAACAUGGAUCCUGUAGACGAUAAAAUCAAAGAAAAACUUAAGUAUAAGAAUAAAGCGGCUGCAUGGAUUGUGUCGAACUGCAACGCUCCGAGUGGCAGAGAUGAAUUUGUGAGACAAGUUCAAAAAGAACUCAAGCAAUAUGGACUGAUCGUCGACAUUUACGGCAAUUGUGGAAAAAUAAAAUGUGCAAGAAAUAUCAUGCCCAGAUGCUUGGCGACAGUUGAAAGAGAGUAUUAUUUUUACUUCUCCUUUGAGAAUUCUUUCGCUGAUGACUAUGUUACAGAGAAAUUGUUAUCUGCUCUUAACCACUAUACUGUGCCUGUUGUAUUUGGCAUAGCUAACUAUACACGCUUUAUGCCAGAUGGCAUAUAUUUGAAUGCUAAGGAGUUAGGAGCCAAAGAGCUGGCCAAACAGAUGUCGGAAAUCAUAAACGAUAAGGAAAGAUAUUACAAUUUCUUCAAAUGGCAUAAUCACUAUUCUUAUCACGACCUGGAAGAAGUGCCAGAAACUGAUUACCAUUGCAAACUGUGUGAGAAAGUCAAUUCUAAAGAAGUGACGGAAGGCGUCAAUGUUCACGCACAUAUAAGGGAAUGGUGGAAUCCUAAGAAAAUAAGGCCCGGAGGUUGCUCGCACGGCAUGUGGCCCUAAAUAUUUAUUUGAGGACUGAUUGAAAUGUUAUUGUUCGAGUAAUUACAUAUGUUUAGGGUAAUGUUAAUGUAAGUAUGAAGAUGGACAAAUGACCCAUGAAGUGUAGUGUCUACUAUGUAUAUAUAAAUGGAACUAUUGAGUGUUAGUUUAUAUUUUCAGUGUUUUACUAAGCAUUGCCGGAUACUAUUUACGUAUAGUCACAACUACUACAUACUUUAACUAUGAAUCUUAAAGUUGUCGAUUCGAGUAUUAGGAUGAACAAACGAAAUUUUAUGAUUUCCGAUAAGUGAGUUUAUCGGGAUUUGACUAUGUCUAUUGAACUUAAUUUAUACGCAGCGAGUUACUUGCGCCAUCUAUUUUGAGGUGAGUUCUGAUUUCGACGUAAAAGAAUAGCAUCGUCAUUAUGUUCAGAAGGGGCAUGUUCUUAUAUUCUUUCGGGAAUUGCUCAUGUGGCGAGAAAAUUGCUUUGUCUAAUUGAGGCACAGGGUGGGCCAAGUUUUGUCUCUUUUCAAAACUCGUAUUAACGAGGCGAGAAAAUCGCUCCGUCUUCGUCUUUUAUGGUGAUAAGUUCGUCUCGUAUCACAAUGAGGAUCAGUAUGCUUAGAAUGUAGCAAAAAAAUACGCCAGAACUACGUGUCGUUUUAUUGGGAUUAGUUAACAGAUUAACACGUGAGUGACGCAUUGAUCUCUCAGUCAAUCACAAACAUCAAAAUUAAAGGACAUCGACUUACGAUUCGCGAUUUUUGGACAUUCUAAGGGGCAGAAGUGAGUCGAAGAGCCGUGAUCCAAGAUUUAUGUUUGCUCUUGGGAAUGACAUGAUCCUAUGUAUAGUGUAUGUAAAUAUGUAUUAACUUGAUGACUUUAUAUAGAGUAAAUUAUUGUUA